GCUAACCGGAAAGGGAAGAAAACAUGACUGUCAGCUGACUAACUCUGUGUUAAUGAGGAGUUCUGCUGUACUUUAAAGAUUUGUUUCUUUGCCCUAUUGACAGUAAAAGCAGGGUUUUUGAGCAUUAUUAGAGAAAGACAGUGUCCGUAGAAAUGUUACGACCGAAGGCGUUGACGCAGGUUCUGAGCCAAGCGAACACAAGCGGAGUCCAGAGCACACUUUUACUGAAUAAUGAGGGCUCACUCUUGGCAUACUCUGGUUACGGAGACACUGACGCACGAGUGACAGCUGCCAUCGCCAGCAACAUCUGGGCAGCUUAUGACAAGAAUGGACACCAAGCUUUUAAUGAAGACAAACUCAAAUUCAUUCUCAUGGACUGUAUGGAGGGCAGAGUUGCUAUUACACGAGUGGCCAAUCUUCUGUUGUGCAUGUACGCCAAAGAGACAGUGGGCUUUGGAAUGCUGAAAGCCAAGGCAGAAGCCCUGGUUCAGUACCUGGAGGAACCUUUAACUCAAGUGGCAGCUUCAUAGAGGGACAGACCUGGAGCGCAAAGCAUCGUGUGGUUCAGGUGUUUGAUGGACUUCUGUAACAUUCUGUCAGUUCAACAUUGCGUAUGUGCAGAUAUCUGUGAGCGAAUGGGUGGGUAUGUGUGUGAGGACUUGGCAUGUAUUUAUAACUAUUAUGUUGAAAAUGAUCUUGUGUGUGGGUUUUCAUUUUUUUUCCCUCCCUUUGACAUUAACCAGAGAAUCUGUUGACAGCCAUGUGAUGAUGAUGAUGAAACUUUCAAUUAUAUUAGACUGAUCACUGUUGCUAGGAAGACUUUGGCUCUGAUGAACUGUAGUUUGUCACAUUAAUACAUGUAGUUUUAAAUCUAUCAAAUAAACAAUGAUCUGGUAUCUACACUGUCAUUUUUGUUUGUGCUCUGAACUGUGUGUGGCUUUUCUGUGACUAAGCCUGGACAUCACCCGAAGCUUAAUCAAACAUUAUAUAAUAGUUGCUGGGAAUGGUCAUCAAAAGUUGCUAUGAUAAACUAGAAGGUAAUAUUUGUGAUAGUUCAUUGUCUUCACAUCAUGAUGUACCUAACUUUUUUUUAAGAUAGAUGCAAAUAAAGGGAACUGCAAA